AUGUCGCUGUCACAUCUCGUCCCGCUCCCCGCGCGGUCAGCGCCAGGCACGUCCCCGCUACGGCCGGCAUCGCGGUCAGUCCGCCGCGCGCAGUGCGCUUAUCCGCCGUCGCGCCCGCCCCGAGCUCGGCUGGCGCGCAACGGGGAGACGCGGAGCGCCGGCGGGCGGCACGCAGAGACGCUGCGCGAAGCGACGCCGUGCGCGCGUGGAACGAGCGUCAGAUGCCACGCGCAGCAGGGCAGCGCGGCGCCCAUCUUCAGCCCGCCUGAGGGGUCGAGCUUGCGCGAGGGAGAGGGAGACGAGGGGAAUGGCGCGUGGUGGGACGCGCAGUGCCUCUUCCACCCCGUGGUCCUGCCGCCCGCACACGCCGCAGUAGCAGCUAGUGCAACAGCAGACGCAGAUGGUAAUGCAGUAGAAGGGCCAGCAGCAGCAGCAGCAGCAGCAGCAGCAGCAGCAGUACCACAGGGACUUGACGAGCUAGCAGCAGGCGGAUUGGAGAGGUAUUGGCGCAUGUACUAUUAUGGCCGCUCCAGUAACACAUGGGGGGGAAACAGUCCUUCCCCUCCCUCCGCCUCCUCCGCCUCCUCCUCCUCCUCCUCCUCCGCCUCCUCCUCCUCCUCCUCCUCCGCCUCCUCCUCCGCCUCCGCACCCCUCCCUCCUCUCCCCGCGCUCUUCACCACGGGCAGCAUAGGCCUGGCAAUCAGCAGCGACGGCAUGGCGUGGACCAGAGUGAGAGGGCCGGAGGCAGGCGGAUCGAUUCUCACCCCGCGCUCGCACGACCCGGCAGCGUUUGAUUCCUUGCACGUGGGGUGCGGCGAUGUGGUGUGGGUGGAGCCUGGGGAUACAGGCAAGGGGGGCAUGAAAAGGGGAGAGGAUGACAAGAGGCAAGGCGGGGUAGCAGGUAGGAUGGAAGGAGGGGUAGAGGGAGCGCGGGGGAAGGGCGAGUGGUGGAUGUUCUACUUUGGAGGGGGGCGAGAGGCGCGUGAGGUGCGGCCGGGAGUGAGCGUGCAUGGUGCCACCAUGCGCAUCGGCAUUGCCACGUCCCCCGAUGGGAUUCACUUCCACCGCAUCGCAACUGCCGGCGCUGCUCGUGUUUCUGGUGGCGCUAGUGGUGUGAGUGGCACUGGUGGUGCGCUGUCAGCAGCACGGGAGGGAGUGGUGGUGGAUGUAGGCGCAGCAGGGCAGCCGGAUGAUCUGUUUGUGGCCUGGCCGCGAGUGCUCACUCCCUCCAUGCUCGCCCGUGCCAACGCUUCUGCCGCCUCCCACCCUGCUCAAGCAACUCUACCACAGAACCUCUGGCUGAUGACCUACAGUGCCAUGUCCUCAGCCUCCCCCUCGUGCAUCCUCCUCGCCUCCUCCCCCAACGGCCUCUCCUGGACCCGGCACGGCCCCAUUCUCUCCCCAGGCUCGCCCGGGGCAUGGGAUGCGGCAGGGGUGGGGCGGCGGCAUGUGACUGUCCAUGGGGGUGUGCUGGCCAUGUGGUAUGAGGGCGUGGGGCGGGACGGCAGGCAUGCCAUUGGGCUUGCGAUCUCGCGUGAUGGGUUCACGUGGGGAAAGGUUGAGAUGGCAGGGCGCGAACCAGGAGGACCGGUGUUUGGGCCGUGGGAGGAAAGGGAGGCCGGGGAAGAGGAGAGUGAAGGGGGUACGAGAGGGAAAAGGGAACAGAAUGCAGUUGGGGUUAGGGAAAGGGAGAGGGAUGGUGAUGGGGAUGGGGAUGGGGAUGGGGAUGGGGAUGGGGUGCAUGCAUGGGAGGACCUAGUGGUGGCGGCACCGCAUGUGGUGUGCAUGGGGGAUGGCUCCAUGCGCCUCUACUAUGCUGCUCGGGGCACGGGCAGCAAGAGCUCCUCUGACUUCAAGAUUGGAGUGGCGUUUGGCACGAGCAGUGAGCUGGGGGCGUGGCGCAGGGCAGGGUGA